AUGCAUUGCUUUCCGUGUUUCUCUUCGCCAAAGAAUAAGAAAUCUUCAACGAACGAAACUAGCGACAACGAACACAAACCACAUGAGAGGAAACGGUCAGAUGAAGCAGAGCAAGCGGAAGGAACAAGGCUGAAAACAUUCACUUUCCGGGAGUUAGCGACGGCAACGAAGAAUUUCCGGCAAGAGUGUUUGUUAGGAGAAGGUGGAUUCGGUAGGGUUUACAAAGGAACCCUUCAACCUUCUGGCCAGGUGGUGGCCGUGAAGCAGCUUGACAAACAUGGAUUACAUGGGAACAAAGAGUUUCAAGCUGAGGUCUUGUCAUUAGGCGAACUCGAUCAUCCAAAUCUUGUUAACCUUGUAGGGUAUUGUGCCGAUGGAGAUCAAAGGCUUUUGGUCUAUGAUUACAUCUCUGGAGGCUCCCUUCAAGACCAUCUUCACGAGCCAAAACCAGACCAAGAACCGAUGGAUUGGACAAAAAGGAUGCAAAUAGCCUAUGGAGCAGCGCAAGGGCUUGAUUACUUGCACGACAAAGUGAAUCCACCAGUGAUAUACAGAGAUUUGAAAGCUUCGAACAUUUUGUUAGACAGGGAGUUUUCUCCAAAGCUUUCUGACUUUGGUCUGCAUAAGCUAGGACCAGGGACAGGUGAUAAGAUGGUUGCUUUCUCUUCACGAGUCAUGGGUACUUAUGGUUACUCUGCGCCUGAGUAUACUCGAGGAGGAAAUCUCACUCUGAAAUCAGAUGUCUAUAGCUUUGGAGUUGUGUUGCUUGAGCUCAUCACUGGUCGUAGAGCUCUUGAUACCACUAGACCUAAUGAUGAACAGAACUUAGUUUCUUGGGCACAACCGAUCUUUAGAGAUCCAAAAAGAUACCCGGACAUGGCAGAUCCAGCUAUGGAGAAGAAAUUCUCGGAGAGAGGGUUAAACCAAGCAGUGGCAAUAGCUUCAAUGUGUGUGCAAGAGGAAGCAGCGGCUCGUCCUUUGAUAAGCGAUGUAAUGGUUGCUCUUAGCUUCCUUUCCAUGUCGACAGAAGACGGGAUUCCCACAGCUGUUCCUAUCUUGUCCUUCAGGGACAAGAGCAUGUCUAUUGCCUUAAGCCGGCAUGAUUCAAGACUAGCAGCAGAACAUGAAAAGUUUAGCACAUCCUCGGAGGAAGAAUCAGCUUCGGACAGCGAAAAGGAGAGAGUGAGUACAAUGAAGAUGAAGAAACUUGAAGAGGAAGAUAGCUCAAUGGGGUCUGAUGAAGGGUCUGAUUCUAACUCAGAUGAUGAAGAACAUGAAAAGGAAAAGGAUGGUUCGCCACCGAAGCAUAUUGAUGAGAAGAACGCGGCGCAGAGCUUGAAGAUUAAGUAUAGAUAUAGCUGGGAAGAUGUUGGUGAGAGGCUAAGCAGUAAAAGCAGCCAGAAAUCAAAUGACGAAAGCACUUCUUCUUCACGGUAUGAUAGUAGUGAUAGGGAUCAUGAUGAUUCACCAAGGAAACAGGAGAAAGGAGAAGAAGAAGAAGAAGAAGAAGAAGAAGAAGAAGAAGAGGAAGAAGAAGAGCAAAUGACUCAUUUUGAGCACAUUCAUAGCUCAAAAACUGAUGAUGAUCAAAGUGUUUACUUUGAUGAUGAUAACAAUUCAGGAGAUGACAGUGAAGCCUCUUUGCAUCGUAUAAAAUCAGAGGUUGAGAGGGAUUCUGUUGAAGAUGCCAAUGGAGCCUCUUUGCACAAGGUAGAAUCAGACGUUGAGAUUGAUUCUGAUGAAGAUGAAAAUGGAGCCUUGUUGCACAAGGUAAGGUCAAACGUUAAGAAUGAUUCUAUGGAAGAUUGA